AUGUCAAAAGAAUACAUAGAGUCCACCCCAGACAUAGACACAGCUUCUGAUCCCAUAAUAAAGCAACAAAAACCACCCUUAGAUUCAAGAAUAGGUAAAGAUUCUCCUUUUGUAUUUGGACAAAGAUAUUUAACUCAAGAAGAUGAUGUUUUCAAUCAUAAUGCAUGGGAUCAUGUAGAAUGGGGUCAAGAACAAAUUGAACAAGCUCAAUCACUAAUAGCUAAACAAUAUGAUGAUCCAGUCAAAGAAUUUGAUAAAAAUUUAUAUAAUUCAAAUCCAGCUAAAUAUUGGGAUAUUUUUUAUAAGAAUAAUAGGGAAAAUUUUUUUAAAGAUCGAAAUUGGUUGAAAAUUGAAUUUCCAUCAUUAUAUGAAGUAACUUCAAAAGAUUAUCAAGAGCCAACUACGAUAUUAGAGAUUGGUUGUGGUGCAGGUAAUACAUUUUAUCCUAUACUAAGUCAAAAUGAAAAUGAAAAUUUAAAAAUAUUUGGUUGUGAUUAUUCCAAAAAUGCUGUGAAAUUAGUUCGUGAAAAUAAAAUUUUUGAAGAACAACUGCAAAAGGGAAUUGCAUUUAGUUCAGUUUGGGAUUUAGCUAAUCCUGAAGGGAAAUUACCAGAUGAUUUGGAACCUAAUUCAGUAGAUAUUGUAAUUAUGAUUUUUGUAUUUUCUGCAUUACAUCCAAAUCAAUGGUCACAGGCUGUUUCGAACUUAUCCAAGUGUUUAAAACCAGGUGGACAAAUAUUAUUUCGAGAUUACGGAAGAUAUGAUUUAGCUCAAGUUAGAUUUAAAAAGAAUAGAUUAUUAGAUGAUAAUUUUUAUAUACGAGGUGAUGGUACAAGAGUUUAUUUCUUUACGGAAGAAGAGUUGGAACAAAUUUUCUGUGAAGAUGGACCAUUUGAAAAACUUAAGAUUGCUACUGACAGAAGAUUAUUGGUGAAUAGAAAAAGACAAUUGAAAAUGUAUCGAAAUUGGUUGCAAGGUGUAUUCAAAGCGAAAAAUUAA